GAAGUGAGGUACAACACUGGCACAAAAAACCAGGCCCACUGGGCUUGUCUUCAGUCGGCGGCGGCUGUCUGAAAUGAACCCUACCACACCAACUUUCCAUAGAUUUACUCCCCACUGUCACUAUAAAUACGACUGUACACAGAGCUAUCAGUAUUAUAUACAUGCGCCGCUGUCGAAUUCUGACAUCAUGAAAUUUGUUGUGCGGAUCUAUUUAUCGAUUUUCGAAGAUCUCCACAGCCCACCGCCUCCCCCUGAACCUCCGCCGCCCCGUUAUUUUUUUUGAAUUAACGGUGAUGGUCUACAGGUUAGGUUCUAACGCCUCUUAAUUAGUUAAUUGCAUGUCCAAAUUCGAAUUUAAUUUGUUUAAUUGUUCAUUCCAGAAUUAAACUAAUCUGGGGAAAUCUCCACCGCACACAGCCUCCUCCCGAACCGCCGCCGGAUUUUUCGGAUUAACGUCCAUCUAUUCGCAAAUACAGGAUUGAACAAAUCGAUCAGAGAUCGAACCUCCGGCGGGUCCUUUGCAUUAACUCAUUCUAUUUCGAGAAGAAUAUUUGCGAUCGAAAAGAAAAAUGGGCGAUGGUCUACAGGAUUGAACAGAUCGUCCAAGAUCUCCACUGCCCACAGCCUCCUCCCGAACCUCUGCUGGGUUUUUCGCAUUAACGUCAUUCUUGGUCGAAUGCAGCAGGCAGAUGGCGUCGACGCAAGUGCAUUACUUUGAACAUUAUUAUUAGGGACACAGGUGCGAAACCAUUUUCUUAGGACAAAUGGUUGAAGCUCUUCCCCCUUUUUCCCUAAGAUAUAAUAAGACUCUUCCCCCAUUGGUUGCGUUACAAAAUUUGAAUUGACUUUUCCCAUGCCCUCAACAACCAAUUCCCAUGUUAACUCUUUCAUCCUUUAUUCUACUUUUUCAUCCUUGAUUCGGUUUCCAUUUUACAAACACACGCCAGGCAUGUCUCCUAUAAAUGCACGCUUUGGACGACCGCAAUGCCUCCUUAGGAAUUGCAGCUUUCAUAUCGAGAAGGUUGACUUUAAGUUGCCCUAAAUGAUCAGCCGUUUUGUCUAUCAACGGUUGUACAGCGUUAGGGUCAACUUUCUCCGUAUCCUGAACAACCAUUUUCCCCUUUAUCCGUUUCAUCUUCAUCUCGGUUGUCUCUACCUCAACUGUAGGAGCAUAAUUGCCCUUGCCCUUCAGUAUGUUCGUCAUCCUUGUCAUAAAAUUUUGACCUUGAUUUAGGACAAGUGGUUGAGGCUCGGCGAUACAUUAAUUCUUGAUCUAAUUAGCAAAAGAGUCUUCUCCACUUGUCCUUUAACUCGGUCAUCGUUUCUCAAGGAAUCGACAACUCCUUUGAUUUCAACUUCCGAUUGGUAGCACGCCCAAGAAGAAUAUACCUUCGAUCCUUCAAUCCUCCAAAGUUGUUCAAUUCUACUCACCUUCGAAUUUUCGACAACUUUUGAAUUUUCGCUAUUUUGAUAUAGCUCAUCAACUUCAUUGACAAUCACCCAAGUACCGGUGUCAGAAUCUAUCAUCCAGUACAAUUUUCCAGCAUAAUCGAUGCCCAAAAACUCACUCCUUAGUGAAAUUUUAAACGAGACACUCUCGAUUGUUGUGUGCAUUGCUGGGCCACUCUCGAUUGGGUGUUGGCUUGAAGAGAGUUCGCAUUUCUUCAAAUGUUCCCGAAUAAAAUCCGAGUCCAACAUCUCAUUGCAAAAGAAUUUCAGAAGGGGAUUUCCUAUCCUAUAGAUGUUGUAGGACCAAUCUUGUUUUCAACAUCUGUGGCUUUGGAUUUGAUAAAGGCAUUGGAUUUGAUAAAGGCAAGGAUGCGGCACAUCAAGGUUUGCCACACCUCCGACUUCCACCAUAUCUAUGCUUGUAAUACACUGCUAUGAACUUGCGUCUCGAGGCCUAAGAUCCAAGGAAACGAAAAACAGAGUAUAUAUUCCCGGUGAUUCGGUACAUCGAAGCUUGUUGCAUCUGUAACGUGGAUUUUGCACCAAGGAGGUCCUUUGUGCAGUGGAAUUGAGUAAAUCUUUGUUAGUUUUUUUCGGCUACUAAGUGAUUCAAGUCUAAAUGGAGGCCCAUGGAAAAGUUGGAAGCCCGAUAAAUGAAGAGCCCGUCUCAAUUAAUCAUUCCGUCCAUGGAGAUCAUCCGCAUUUCGGAGAUCUUCUUGAGGCAUGGAUCUUCAUGUUGCGUUUCCAGGAGGUAUUAGGUAUGAGAAAAUGUCUCUCUUUGAAAGAAUUUAUCGCAGAACUGGAUGGAUCAUCAUUCGAUGGUUUACUUGAUGCUCACGUCUUAAUGCUGCGAGCACUAUUAAGAGAGUUCCCCCAAAAAAUGGGGCAAAUAAAAAACGUGGAAAAAAGAACCGAGAUUAAUUUCCCUCCCGUGAAUAAAUUUACAUGGCGAGAAUUGGCUAGGAGGUAUGCUUUAGCCAUGUCAUUUUUGAAAGGGGAGCUCGGUUCAUUGGAGGUUUGUGAUGGCAUUGACGUACUUUUGAACUUAUGUGGCUAUGUUACACCACAAAGUGGUCCGAUAACUGGAGUUGCUGGAUUAGAAGCCGAUGCAGAGUUUCUUGCAGCAGCAUCGAACAGAAUUUAUAGCUCUCUCUACGACGAUGGUGAAGCGUCUGAAGACGCCACGGUGAAUGAAGGAAUUCCAGGGUGGGUUCAAGAGUUGGAACCCGUAAAAAGUUUGAAGACAAAUGUGGGGUCCAGAAUAAGAAUUUGUAUCAAAAAAUCAUUGGACAAGGAUCCACCCGAGUGGGCGAGAGAAUGCUUGGUUCGUUCGAUCAGCAAAGAAGUUUACAAGGCCAAUGCUUCUGGCCCCACUAAGAAACUAGCUCUGGAAGUUGCUUCAACUUUCCUCUCUAUGCAACAAAAUCCUUCCGUUGGGAGAACCACCAGAAAGAGCUUCAAACCUAUGUGGGACAUUGUAAUGAAACAAUGUCGGAUAGUGUUGCGUAAAUCGGCCACAGGGAAACAAACUAGAAAGCUCCGCAGGUUGCUUGGAGAUAAAUCGGUGUUCUGUGGCAGUAACGAAGAAGGGCUUCUUGGUUCUCCAGCUAUGGUUUCAAGUCUUUUCUAUUUAAGGAUGAUUGAUUUGAGAUUGGCUGCCGGUGCUUACGGAUCACAUGAAGCUUUUUUCGACGAUGUACAAGAGUUUUGGACAGAGGUGCAGGCUGCUUUCUGCAAUAACCCAAACCUGGUUCAGCUCGCCGAGGAAUCAUACCACGCAUUUGAUUCUUUAUAUUUAAAAGAGGUUCUUCCUCUACAGCAGAAAUUAGACAAUUGUAAUGAGGAUAUUGAUGAUCUGGAUGCUGUUGCGAAUGAAAUUCCUAAAGCACCUUGGGAUAAAGGGAUAUGCAAAGUUUGUGGCAUUGAUGAGGAGGAUAACAAGGUUCUACUUUGCGAUCAAUGUGAUGCAGAGUAUCACACAUAUUGUUUGAGUCCGCCUCUUGUCGGUGUGCCUCGAGGAAGUUGGCACUGCCUUAAUUGUGUCGCAGACGAGAAUGUUGUUCAAGAUGCUAUUUCCAGCGAAGCAUCGGCUGCUUUAAAGCCAAAGGAACAGAAUAGCGACUUCUUAUAUCCUGUCCAAUAUAAAGUUGCCGAUGUGGUAGAUGUGAUGCGAGAAAAAGAGUACUCGGAGCUAACUUCGGACGAGAGAAUCCUCCUUCUGAAAUUCUUUUGCAAUGAGAUGUUGGACUCGGAUCUCAUUCGGGAACAUUUGAAGAAAUGCGAGCUCUCUUCAAGCCAACACCCAAUCGAAAGUGGCCCAGCAAUGCACGCAACAAUCGAGAGUGCCUUGUUUAAAUAUUCACUAAGGAGUGAGUUUUUGGGCAUGGAUUAUACUGGAAAAUUGUACUGGAUGAUAGAUUCAGACGCCGGUACAUGGGUGAUUGUCAAUGGAGUUGAUGAGCUAUAUCAAGAUAGCGAAAAUUCAAAAGUUGUCGAAAAUUCGAAGCUGAGUAGAAUUCAACAACUUUGGAGCAUUGAAGGAUCGAAUGCAUAUUCUUCUUGGGCGUGCUACCAAUCGGAAGUUGAAAUCAAAGGAGUUGUCGAUUCCUUGAAAGAUGAUGACCAAGUUAAAGUACAAGUGGAGAAGGCUCUUCUGCGAAUUAGAUCAAGAAUUGAUGUUUCGCCGAAUGAGUUUAAAAUUGAAGGCGAAGAGCCUCAACCACUUGUUCUAAAUGAAGGUCAAAAUUUUAUUACAAGGACGACUACUAUACUGAAGGGCAAGGGCAAUUAUGCUCCUUCAGUUGAGGCAGAGACAAGCGAGAUGAAGAUGAAACGGAUAAAGGGGAAAAUGGUUGUUGAGGACACGGAGGAAGUUGACUCUAACUCUGUACAACCGUUGAUAGACAAAAUGGCUGAACAUUUAGGGCAACUUAAAAUCAACCUUCUUGAUAUGGAAGCUGCGAUUCCUAAGGAGGCGUUGCGGUCGUCCAAAGCGUGCAUUUAUAGGAGGCAUGCCUGGCGUGUGUUUGUAAAGCGUUCAAACACUAUAUUCGAGAUGGUUCAGGCACUAAUCGUAUUUGAAGAUAUGAUUAAGCUGAGCUAUUUAGAUUGCUCAUGGAGGUAUUGGUCCUCACUCCCAACAGCUGCCCAAAUAUCCACCGUAUCCGCUCUUUCUUUGCGAAUAUACUCCUUAGACGCCGCUAUCAAGUAUGACAAUUCUUCUUCUGGCCCAUCAAAAUCAGUCUUCUUGAGAGAAUUCGAGUAUGGUGAAACAAGCAAGAAAAGGAAACGAGGGUUGUUCUGAAACAAUGCUACUCGUAGCCACUCGGCGCUUAUGUUUGUAUUCCGAUCUUCUGUAAUUGUUUCAAAAGUGAUUCUUUGAAUAUUGGAGGUUCAUUCUUUUUUUUUUGGUGUAAGAUCACUUCAUGUGUGCAGAUUGUAACGAUUGCCCAAUUUAUUGAAUUAACAUUUUAUAUAUUAA